CUUCCCCGCAAAAAAGGAGAACAAAUAUUUACUCCAACAAAAAAGAAACCCAAUCGAAUCGAAAUAGGAAUUUCGGUAGAAGUUUCCGUCGCGUAAACAACUCUGGUUAUCACCGCGUUAACCAAAGCAAAACCCUAAAUCAAAAGUCUCAGCGUUGUCUGGGUCAUUCCUUUUCUCUUAUCUCGUGCUAUUCCUCACAGACAUAGAAUUCAAUUUCAAUUUUGAGAACUAAAGAGUUUCUAGGUCAGAAAAAACGAUGAAGAGAGUCUUCGGCGCCAAAAAGAACAAGGAACCUCCUCCUUCCAUCGAAGACGCCAACGAAAGGAUUACUAAACGAGGUGAUACUGUGGAUGAGAAGAUUAAGAAGCUUGAUGUUGAACUCAGUAGAUACAAAGAACAGAUCAAGAAAACAAGGCCUGGUCCUACUCUCGAAGCUAUUAAAUCUAGAGCCAUGCGAGUUCUUAAACAAAAGCGAAUGUAUGAAGGUCAACGCGACAUGUUGUACAAUCAGACAUUCAACCUCGAUCAAGUUCAAUUUGCUGCUGAGGGAAUUAAAGAUGCUCAACAAACUAUGUCAGCUUUGAAGUCUGCCAACAAGGAUUUGAAGGGAAUGAUGAAAACUGUGAAGAUCCAAGACAUUGAUAACUUGCAAGAUGAAAUGAUGGACUUGAUGGAUGUAAGUAAUGAAAUCCAAGAGACUUUGGGUAGAAGCUAUAGUGUUCCUGAUGACAUAGACGAGGAGGAACUUUUGGGUGAACUUGAUGCGCUGGAAGCAGACAUGGAAAAUGAAUCUGAAGGAGUCCCCUCCUACCUCCAACCUGAUAAAGAAUCUGAUUUGGAUUCAGAGCUUAACUUACCUUCAGCUCCAACCGGUCAAACAUCAGCUCCACAUGGCAGAUCCAAUGUCCAAACUGAAGAUGAACUGGGUUUACCUGCUGUCCCUCGGGCAACUCUACGCGGUUAAAGAAUGCUUUUUAUUUCCUUGGCGUAGCAAGACCCUGUAAAGUUGUGCAGAACUUGAUAGCAUUGAUUUAUACAGUAAUUUCAUUGUCAUUAUUUGUAUUGAAGCACAUUGACACGGAAAAUGGAAAAAAAUAUUACUGGUGUUUGGCAUAAACUUAGAAUUUGGCAGUUAAGACCAUCUUCAAUGGUAGUUCCUUCUAAUAAGUUCUCCACCUAGACAUGCCACAUCAUAGUACCAUUGCAUUGCAAUGCAACUAUGAAAAAAUUGUGGUACCCAAUCAAAUUAGUUUAUGAGGUAAAGUUGUGGGCCCAAUAAUAACUUUUUAGAAUUAUACAAUUAAAAUAAAAAUUAUAAAAAUUAUUUUAAGAUGAUGUGGCUAGUGGGACCCAUAAAGAACCCAAAAAUGGGUUGCACCAUUGGAGAUGCUCUAAUAGUUAUGGUCAGUAAAAUGUGUACACUUUCGUGAUACCAAUUUAAUUAUGCGAAUCAUAUUAGUUUUUUUCUUCCAAAUUUAUUAAUUUAUUUAAUAUUAUCUAAACCAUGAA